GAUCACUAUUAGGCUAGAAGAGACCUCUAUAUUCACUUCCUCUACAGCCCACGUGCUUACUCAUCGCCAUUUCCUCCGAUGCCGCUUCCUCAUUCCGGUUGAACUUCCUGUCCUUACUUUUUCACACACUUCUUUUUAUCUUUACAAUUCGGCAACACGCCUGUGCUUCGCCAGCGGCUCCGAGACUGCAACAUACACACACAACAAGAAAAAAAAAUUAUUUUUUUCCCCUUUUCAUUCUAAAUUCUUGUCUUUUUCUUUAUUAUUAUUAUUCGUUUUCAUUUGUGGUUGCAGUUAGCGGUUAAGGGCGAGAAAUCGUUUGUUGCGGUAAAAAUUUUUGGAAUAUUCUUUCAACGGAAUUAAGUGCAAUUGUUUUUCUGGUUAAAGGAUUAUUUCAGUUGGAACAAAAAUAUUAUCUUUUGAUUUGGAUAUGGAUCUUUUUUUUCUAAGCAAACAAUGUAACUGAUCCGUCUGGCUUUUUGAUCGCAAAUACCCAUGAAUGGUUGGCGUGUCUAUGGAGUGUUCGCCAACUAUCGAACCUGCCUACCUCAACCUACCGGGUUGGCGAUGUGUGCCUGUCUACGCCGUUCCCCUAUCGCCAACGUCCAGAACGUCGCCAACCAGCCACACACCGCCACCUUUAGAAGCGCACAAUCUUCUGCCGCCCAACAUACCUCAAGAUCCCCGUCAAUGGUCAAGACAACACGUGUUCACGUGGCUAGAAUGGUGUGUGGAGAAUUUCGCCCUCCCGCCUUUGGACAUCGAUCAGUUCUACAUGAAUGGUCGCGGUCUGUGUCUCCUGAAGAAGUCUGACUUCUGCGAUCGUUCUCCCAGGAGCGGGGACAUCCUCUACAAUGCCCUGCAGAUCCUGCUCCCCGGCAAGGAGAAGCCGAAAGAUGUCCCUUCUUCCUACGCCAAUAACGUGUCCGCCUCCCUCUUGCAGCACGCAACACAAGAAAAAGGUAACAGUGCCUUCCCGUCUCGCAUGGGCAGUGCAUGGCCACGGUCCAUCAGCAGCGACUUCCACAGCAUGGGUCACGUGGUGCACGAAAGCGAGCAUGCACAGGUGGCUGUCAGCCAUCUGAAUGGCAGCGACGUCGACAGCACGACGGCCAGCAGCCCACCCCCACCCAUAGAUGACACAGAUAGGAGUCCAGAAAGAGGCUGCAUCGCCGAUGGAGUUCAGAAUAAUUCCAAGCAGGCCGUCUCUACUCCAGACAUCCGUCACCUAUCUCAGUUCGGAGAAAUAGGAAAUUCUUCAGAAAAAAUAAAUGUCCGUCUUCUAUGGGACUUCCUGCAACAGCUGCUGAACGACGCGCAGCAGCGCUACCAGUGCUGCAUCGUGUGGAAGGACAAGGGACGCGGCAUCUUCAAGAUUACUGAUCCGCACCGCCUCGCCGCCCUCUGGGGGAAGCAGAAGAACCACCUCAAUAUGAAUUUCGACAAGAUGUCCCGCGCCCUGCGCUACUACUACAGGGUGCGCAUCCUGCAGAAGGAGCCCGGCGAGAGACACUGCUACAGGUUCCUGAGACAUCCCAACGAAUUGCGGCAUUGCAAGCAGAGGGCGCUGCUGACGCGAGACACUGAGAACGGCGUCCACAACGGUGUCCACUCGGACGUUGAGGCAGCUUUGGACAUGAGCAUCAAGGAAGAAGGACUGUCACCGGGAGAGGCAGAGUGAUGUUCACUUCCUGCUCCUUAUCCUUUCGUCAGGGACUUUUUGUUAUUGUUUAAUUUUUUUUAAUAUUCUCUCUUUUUAGAGAGCUGAAGACAUUCAGUUGUUGUGUUGAAAUUUUCCUCUAAUGAAAAACAAAAACUGCAGUGUCGAGAAUGUCUUGAAUGUUGAUAUAAAACUAAAAAAAAAAAAAAAAAUAGCAUGGUGUUUGUACGUUAAACGAAUUAACUUCGUUCAACAGAAGACAACGUUAAAAUUAUUUUUAAGAUUCUCCUGUAGUGAAAAGAUAUUGUACAAUUCCAAGCAAGAUCUUGUGUUGCUUGGAGAUAAGUUAUUUAGAAUUUUAAUAUAAAAGGUGUAACAAGAAAGAUGGUUCAGAGGUUAUAGAAUGUUACAAAAAGAACUAUUUUGAUAUAUAUCACUAUGAAGAAUGGGGACAGUUAACAAGGAAUUUAAUUAAUGCAAAGAAUAUGAAAAACGAAAAUCGGUUUUAAUCACAGUUGUUUAACAGACAUAUUUGGGAAGAUGCCCGAGAUAUUCAUGUACUACAGCAGCAACAACUGUAAUGUAAGCUACAAGAUCGUCAUAAAAGUCGUUGGUUGCCUCUUAAGCAAGGGUUUUCAGAUAACACCACUGAAAAAAAAAGAGAGCUAAAAGCAUUCGGGAGAUGUAAUAGACGAGAUAAAGAGCCCAAUCCAAUGUUUUGGAAAUUAGUUUCUAAUCUAGUUUGUGAUGAACUAUUUGGAUUUUAACUAUUCGUUGUAAGAUUAAAUUGCUAUGUUUACAAUGUCCAGUCAAUUGCUAUUUUUACCAACCUUAAUGUCAAGACCAUCUUUUCUGUUACAUCUCGUAUUUCGAAUAACCAUUCACGAAAUUGUGCGGUUAUAUCAAGGCUCGAAUCUUAAAUGGAAUAUUUUAAAGUGUGCAGUUAUUUUGAUAUGGUUUAAUAAUAUUAGCUAUUUACUUGGCAACUCAGUUUUUUUGAAAUUUGUGUCAGUUUAUAAAUAUUAUCUAAAAUAUUGAACAAUAUAGUCGAAGUAGAAGAUAAAAAUUGCAUAAAACUGUCAUAAUAUUUUGAUAUAUAUAUAUUAGUGAUUUUUUUAAAAGAAAAUGCAGAAAUGCAGUCACUUUUUCUGUACUGACAAAGAGAUAAGUAAUUAAGUCAAAAAAUAUUUUAAUGAACUAUUUCAAUAUGGGCAUGAAAUCAAUAACUGUUUUUAUUUCAAGAAAAAAAAAAUCACAAAAAAAAAAAAAAAAAAAAUCAUUUUUUUAGAUUAUCAAAUGGCUUCAAAAAAAAUCAGGGACCAACUGCAAACAUCGUUAUAAUUUUUAAAUUCUCUAUUCAAGAACCAUUUUCACGAUAAUAGUGCUUAAAAAAUAUUUUACCAUGUAAAAAUUUAUAAAACUUUUGAAGCCUAUACUACAACCCCAACAAUAUAAAGUAUUUUUUAUAAACAAUUGAAUUUAUUUCACAUACUGUACGCAAAAUAAGUUAUGGGCACAAAUGGAAGUUAAUUUUAUUUAUAUAUAAAUGAAAGAAGUUGAUUUUUUGUGAAUUACGUCCAAGAUGGAUUUGUUGAACACGUGCUGCUAUUUCAUGAUGAGAAAUUUUAUUGCUUUCAAACAUGGUUGUGAUGAACUGUCGUUUUUGAAUUAUUCUAAUAUUGUCUUUUAUUGUGUGUACCUAUAAAAAAUUGAAAAUUGUUUGCUAAGUUAUACUGCAUACUAAUGUCCAGAGGUGAAACAAAAACAAGAUUAUUGAAAUUUUUCUUUGUUUAGUUGAGAUAUAAGAGGAUUCUAAAAUCUUCAAGAAUAAUCGACGAUUUUCAGAAAUAUUCCAAAGGAAUACAGAAUAUAGCAUUCUGACAAAAUGGUUUAAAACAGAAUACAGAAGAAGAACGGAAAUUCCAAGUAAAUAAAUGUAUUCGGAAUGAUAAUGACAUGUUCUUAAAAGAGUAGCCAAUAAUAAUAAGAAUAAUAAAUAUAUUUUUGUGGAAAAUAAAAUAGAAAACUAUGAAUCAUUUGAAAUACAGUUAAUGAAAAUUUUAUGAAUCUUAUAAUUUUAAUAAGAGCGGUCUCAUUUUUAUACAUUCAUUGUGUAUGCUUUCUUGUUGCUUCAUGGAUCUUCACUGUUAUAUCAAAAUGCUGUAUGUCAAAACUAUGACAUUUUGAUUUAGAAAUUAGAACCAUUAACGACAUAUGGCGAUUUGCUUUUAUUUAUAAUUUAAAUUCGAUGCCCUGGUCACAUAAAAUCUGACAGAAGAUAUGGCUUACUUGUACAAAUAUUUUUUCGAUAAGUUUGAUUGCUGUUAGUUCUGAAAACCGCGUCUGUCACUUCUGUAGAUUUUAUUCUAUAAAGAGGCUGUAAGUAGUGAUUAAGAAAAUUGUUUUCUCGAAAUUUUUUAUUAUAUGCUUUCCUCUUUCAACUUUUCUUUUUCAUUGCUCAUUUUCCUAUUUUAAAUCGCAUUAUUUCGUUUCAAAUAGAAAUUUGUAUAAAAUUUCUACACACUUCUUAACAUAAAGUUAACAUCUCCCCUUCAGCCUUACAUUUCAAUCCUAUUUUGUUGAAUUAAAAAUCGAUUGGUCCAUGUGCAAAGUUUCUCAAACAUGUAAAUAAAGAAUACAGCAUUUUAACAUAACACUGAUGAUAUACUGAUACUAAAUUUGAAAUUAAAAAUUUUUUUUAAUAUCAUUUAUAUCAACGCAUCUUCGAUUAAAAAAAACUUCUUAAAAUACAAUAUCAACGAUGCAGCUAAUUAUAUCUGACACAAAACAUCAUUCGAGGAAUUUGUUUAAAAAAUGAAUAUAUAUAUAUAUAUAUAUAUAUAUAUAUAUAUAUUGAUAGACUAACUUUUUGUAGAAUGAAAAAAAUAAUGCAUCUUGCAAAAUAUAAACAGACAAACUUCCAAACUUUAAAAUAAUAACUUUUGCUGCAUUAUUGGGAGUACUUUUUGCUUUGCUAGUACUGUAUCUUAUUUAAAUAAAAGUUUCCAUUCUACUGUCAUAGGCAUUUUGGUAUAAUUUAUCAAUAGAGACUAAAUUGUUUUCAAACAAUAUGAAGUGAACAUUGGUUUGGUUUAUUUAAUUCAUACUUCAUUUGAAAACACAUAAAACAUGAUCAAAUGAUGCUGAUUUAAAAAUUCUUUUGUUACGAAAAUGAAGUAAAACAAAUUAUUAGACAAGCGUAAUUAUACAUGUUAUCUGGCAUCAAACAGCACCUCGUCGCACGCUAUGACAUCAUCUUUUGUUUUCCUGACACCAUCUCUUGUUUAUAUUUAGCAAGGUGCACAAUGGAUUCCAAAAUCAAUUAGACGUCCAUAUUCCGAAUCGAAAGUGACUGCAGGGUUUUUAAAAAAUUUGUAAUGUGGAUAUACUUCUCAUAAGAUAUGCACGCAAAAUUUUUCCCAUAUUGAAACAAUAAUAUAUCAAUAUAAUAAUAAUUGAAGAAUUUUUAAAAGAAAAAAAACACCCUCUGAAUAUUUUCAAUAAGAAAAUGCAUGCUAUCUUAAUGAAACUCGUCAUGACCACUGGUGUGGAGAGGGGGGUGCCAGCUCAGGUGUCGUCCUCGUCAUCUGACCGUGGUUCAAAAUGACGGGGUCCAUCCCAAAAUAGCCCUAGUGUUGCUUCAAACGGGACGUUAAUAUAACCAAACCAAUCUUAGCUGAAAUAGCGUAGGAAUUCAGAUAAUCGAGAUGGUCGGAUUUUUAGACUGAUUGAUGUAUGAGAUUUCAACCCCCCCUCCUUCUAACUCUUAUUAUAAAUUAAUAUUUAAGUACAUAAAAAUCAAAUAAACAUUACUCAGUCUUGGAUGCAUAUCAUAAUAAAUUAUUAGCUUCUAUUUAUUAUUCUAAAACUAAUAAACACAUGUAAAAAAAAAUCAGAUGCUUUCAAAAUGUUACAAUGUAUUAAAACAUCUUAGAUAGUCAAAAUGUUACAAUGCAUUAAAACAUCUUAGCUAAUCAAAAUGCAUUAAAACAUUUCAGAUAAUCAAAAUGUUACAAUGCAUUAAAACAUCUUAGCUAAUCAAAAUGCAUUAAAACAUCUUAGAUAAUCAAAAUGUUACAAUGCAUUAAAACAUCUUAGCUAAUCAAAAUGCAUUAAAACAUCUUAGAUAAUCAAAAUGUUACAAUGCAUUAAAACAUCUUAGCUAAUCAAAAUGUUAUAUGUAUAGCAUGGAUUCUGAAAAUUUAGAUUAUACAUAUGUGAUGUGAAUUCUAGAAAUCUACUGAAUAGAUUUUAUUAAUUAAUCUUUGAGAGAAAUAAGUGCCAUAGAUGUGAUGCUGACAAAAUAAAGCGUGCAGCUGUAAAAUUUAUUAAUAUUAUUUUCUGUUACAUUAAAUAAUCAACUUAUUCUUUAAACAGCUUUAUUAAAGAUUUUAUAUUAAAUGUUUUGAAACGGGCAACUCUGAGAGAAAAUAUUUAUACUUUAAUGACUUUUUUUUAAAGUUUUAUAAAAAUGAAAGUUAAAAAUAUGAGCUGAAAAUGAUUUAUAAAUCACUUUGAUAAUUUUUGCAGCUUUUAUAAGCGAAAUCAGCUUACAAGGUGUAUUUUGUGCACGUGACAAGGAUCCGUUGCCUUGACUUAUUGAAAGAAUAUACAUCAAACUUUUGUUAUUGUUGAAUUAUAGUUAAAUAUUUUUUUGUCUGUAUUAUAUGUAUUGACAACUUGUUAAAGUUUUUGUACCUGAAAAAUGUAUACGGAAUAAAAAUUUGUAAAUAAUGAA